AUGGCUGAUGAGUGGGGAAGGCGGGCGAGUCUCAUGACCUCGAGGAAGCCAUCCUCUGGUGCUGCUUUUAGCGAGUCCCGUCAGCAUGUGGAAAGGAAAGGACGCCAGUACAUCGAUGCGCCGGACAGUCCGAUCCAAGCUGUCCUGAUUCUCAAGCUUCAAUACCCCGGUUUACAAAAAGCGUGGGUUAGCCUGCGAGUAGCCGACAACUCCUCUGGCUACUGGAGCCAGUAUCACCAAGUCUACUACGACGACGGUCUCGAUCAACAACCCCUUGGGCAAGUGGAUCUCUAUCUCUCCGACUUUGUUGGUGGUACCGGUUUGCCUGCAUUAUAUUGUCGCCCUUCAGUCGCCGAGUCGCUUGCUGGAAUCACAAGAAACCCUAUGAUUUCUAUAACAUACGAGCGCCUUCGAGUCAUCUUUCUCAGGGCUGUCCAUCGACACAAUCCGGCCAAGUUUACCGCCACUCUCGAGGAUAUGGAAACUUCAUUUCUGAAAGUAGUACGAGACAGAGCGGAAGCUGAGCGGCGCAGAGUGGAAGCUGAGCGGCGCAGAGUGGAAACCGAGCGGCGCAGAGUGGAAGCCGAGCAGCGCAAAGUGGAAGCCGAGCAGCGCAAAGUGGAAGCCGAGCAGCGCAGAGUGGAAGCGGAGCAACGCGUGCCGAAUCAGCUUGGUGUUGAAGGUCGGGAUAGCCUCGAGGUAAACCUGCUUGCAGGUCAGGAGAUCCCUGGACAUCUGGUUGACCGGUAUUGA